AUGAAAGAAGUCCUUCAAAUUCUGAAGCAUAUUAAAAACGGCAAGGUAAAAUUAGGCCUAGUCGCAUACGACACGGAGAAGCCGAUUGGCGUGGAGAAGGUUUGCUCCAGAGCGUAUGCCGUGGACCAUCAGAAGCAAGAAGAGUGCGUUGAGUUUUGUGAAGCAAACAGGGAGGCAUGCAAGUGUAAAGUGUCUCCUGGGUACUGUUUGACGAUGAAGAGAGGAACUAAUGACUGCUUCUUUUCCUUUGUGUGA